AUGUUGUUUCUGUUUCUACAAGCUGCCAUCAUCGUUUCCUGGAGAGAUCCAGACCAUACUCCAUGGAGGGCGUUAAAGAACAAAGACGCCCAAGCAAAAGUUCUAAGUGUGUUCAUAACUUGGAGCUGUUUGCGGUUUCUGAAAGCUCUUCUUGAUGCUGUGAUGCAGUAUAAACUCGUUUCCAGAGAGACGUACUGGCUUGGUGUAAGAAUGGUGUUGAAGAUCAUUACUUCUGUUAUCUGGAUCAUAAUCUUCGUGGUGUUCUACACUAGAAUCUGGAAUCAAAAGAAGGAUGAUGGGCGUUGGUCAGGUGCAGCCAAUAAACGAGUGGUAACUUUUCUUGAAGUCGCAUUAGUGUUCAUCCUCCCUGAAAUUCUAGCUCUUCUUCUCUUCAUUCUUCCAUGGAUUCGUAACUUCAUUGAAAACACUAACUGGAGAAUCUUCUACUUCAUAACCUGGUGGUUCCAAAGUAGAACUUUUGUAGGCCGUGGUCUCCGUGAAGGUCUAAUCAAACCAAUGAUUAAACCCACUAAAGAUCUUCUAGACCUCACAGAUGUCACAUACGAAUGGCACCAAUUCUUUGGUAACAGCAACAGGUUUGCAGUAGGUCUUUUAUGGCUACCAGUUGUCUUAAUCUAUCUCAUGGACACACAAAUCUGGUACUCCAUUUACUCUUCCUUCGUGGGUGCUGCAGUUGGGCUUUUUAGUCAUUUGGGUGAGAUCAGAAAUGUCCAACAACUAAGAUUAAGGUUUCAGUUUUUCGCAAGUGCAAUGCAGUUCAAUCUUAUGCCUGAAGAACAGUUGUUGAACACAAGAGGGACUUUUCGGUCAAAGUUCAAAGACAUUAUCUACAGAUUGAAGCUAAGAUAUGGUCUUGGGAGACCAUUCAAGAAACUCGAAUCAAACCAAAUCGAAGCUCAUAAAUUUGCUUUGAUAUGGAAUGAAAUCAUUUUGACAUUUAGAGAAGAAGACAUUGUUAGUGAUCUUGAAGUCGAGCUUCUUGAAUUGCCUCAAAACACAUGGAACAUUAGAGUUGUACAAUGGCCAUGUUUGUUGCUGUGUAAUGAGUUGCUUCUUGCUUUAAGCCAAGCAAAAGAGUUGGUUGAUGCUCCCGAUAGAUGGCUAUGGAAGAAAAUCGGGAAAAACGAAUACAGAAGAUGUUCAGUUAUUGAAACUUAUGAUAGUAUCAGACACUUGCUUCUAACAAUUGUACAAUACAACACACAAGAACACUCAAUCCUCACAACCCUAUUUCAAGAAAUCGAUAACUCAAUCAACAUCGAAAAGUUCACCAAAACUUUCAACAUGUACGCCCUCCCUACAAUCCACACAAAGCUCAUCACCCUCGUCGACCUCUUGAUAAAGUCAAACAAAGAUGUCAACAAAAUAGUCAACACAUUACAAGCACUUUACGAGGUUGUGAUACGCGAUUUCUUCAAAGAAAAAAGAUCCAUGAAUGAGCUGAAAGAAGACGGUUUAGCCCCUCAUAGGCCACUUUCAGGUGCGGGUUUACUUUUUGAGAAUGCAGUCUCACUACCCGAUUCAAAAAACGAAAGCUUUUACAGACAAACGCGAAGACUCCACACGAUUUUGACUUCACGUGACUCCAUGAACAACAUUCCCGUGAAUCUUGAAGCAAGAAGACGAAUUGCAUUCUUUAGUAACUCAUUGUUCAUGAACAUGCCACAUGCACCUCAAGUGGAGAAGAUGAUGGCUUUCAGUGUUUUGACACCUUACUACAAUGAGGAAGUGGUGUACAACAAAGAACAGCUUCGAACUGAAAAUGAAGAUGGGGUUUCCACUCUUUAUUAUCUACAGACAAUCUAUGCAGAUGAAUGGGUGAACUUUUUGCAACGGAUGCGUCGCGAAGGGAUGCUGACCGAAGACGAGUUAUGGACAAAAAAGUUAAGAGAUUUGAGACUUUGGGCAUCUUACAGAGGGCAGACACUUGCCCGAACUGUCAGGGGUAUGAUGUAUUAUUAUCGGGCACUUAAAAUGUUGGCUUUUCUUGAUUCAGCUUCUGAAAUGGACAUUCGUGAAGGUGCGAAAGAAUUAAUUCCAGUGGGGGGUAGUGCCCGGGAUUUAACCCGGGCAGAUAGUCGGGUCAGUAUGAUGUUCAAAGGGCACGAAUAUGGAACAGCUUUAAUGAAGUAUACUUAUGUGGUUGCGUGUCAGAUAUACGGGACCCAAAAGGCGAAAAAGGACCCACAUGCUGAUGAGAUUCUGUAUUUGAUGAAAGAGCAUGAAGCGUUACGUGUGGCGUAUGUUGAUGAGGUGGCGACGCCUGGUGGGACAGAUUAUUUCUCUGUUUUAGUCAAGUUUGACCAAAAUCUUGGAAAAGAAGUUGAAGUUUAUAGGGUCAAGUUACCGGGUCCGUUAAAACUCGGGGAAGGUAAACCUGAGAAUCAAAAUCACGCUCUGAUUUUCACCCGUGGAGAUGCUGUUCAAACCAUUGACAUGAAUCAAGAUAAUUACUUUGAAGAAGCUUUGAAAAUGAGGAAUCUGUUAGAAGAAUAUAAACAAAAAUACGGGAUCCGGAAACCGAAUAUUUUAGGAGUCCGUGAAAACAUCUUCACAGGGUCCGUUUCUUCACUCGCAUGGUUCAUGUCAGCUCAAGAAACGAGUUUUGUGACUUUGGGUCAACGGGUCCUUGCGAACCCGUUGAAGAUCCGUUUACAUUACGGGCACCCGGAUGUAUUCGAUCGCUUCUGGUUCAUGACACGUGGCGGAAUCAGCAAAGCUUCAAGAUUGAUCAACUUAAGUGAAGACAUUUUUGCAGGGUUUAAUUGCACUUUAAGAGGCGGAAAUGUAACCCACCAUGAGUAUAUUCAAGUUGGAAAAGGUCGCGAUGUGGGUUUAAAUCAAGUCUCCAUGUUUGAAGCCAAAGUUGCAAGUGGAAACGGUGAACAAGUUUUGAGUAGAGAUGUAUACAGAUUGGGUCAACGCCUUGACUUUUUCAGAAUGCUUUCUUUCUUCUACACCACAGUUGGAUUCUUCUUCAACACCAUGAUGAUUUCUUUAACUGUAUACGCGUUCUUGUGGGGCCGAUUAUAUCUCGCAUUAAGCGGGGUUGAAAAUUCGGUUUCGGAAAACGCAAAUACAAAUAACGCGUUGGGGACGAUUUUAAACCAACAGUUUAUUGUCCAGCUUGGACUUUUCACAGCUUUACCAAUGAUUGUCGAAAAUACCCUCGAACACGGUUUUCUCGCAGCUAUUUGGGAUUUCAUCACAAUGCAGUUACAGCUCUCGUCUGUUUUUUAUACAUUUUCGUUGGGCACACGUUCGCAUUACUUCGGGCGGACGAUUCUACACGGUGGAGCGAAAUAUCGGGCAACCGGGCGGGGGUUUGUUGUCCAACACAAAUCAUUCGCUGAAAAUUACCGAUUAUACGCGCGAAGUCAUUUCAUAAAAGCGAUCGAACUCGGUUUAAUCCUAACUGUUUAUGCUGCUUAUAGCCCCGUGGCUAAAGGAACCUUCACUUACAUCGCGUUAACUAUUUCAAGUUGGUUUCUCGUGGUUUCAUGGAUCAUGGCUCCGUUUGUGUUCAACCCAUCCGGAUUCGACUGGUUGAAAACCGUAUACGAUUUCGAUGAUUUCAUGAACUGGAUCUGGUUUCGAGGAAGUGUGUUUGCAAAACCGGAAGAAAGCUGGGAACAAUGGUGGUAUGAAGAACAAGAUCAUUUAAGAACAACGGGUUUACUCGGGAAAAUAUUCGAAAUCAUUUUGGAUCUUCGAUUCUUUUUCUUUCAAUACGGGAUUGUUUACCAGUUAGGGAUUGCAGCUGGAAGCAAAAGUGUUGCGGUUUAUAUUCUUUCGUGGAUUUACAUAAUUGUGGCUCUUGCGAUAUAUUCGGCGAUUGUGUAUGCGCGCGAUAAGUACUCUGCGAAAGAGCAUAUUUACUAUCGGCUUGUGCAGUUUCUUGUGAUUGUGAUUGGGAUUUUGAUAAUUAUCGCGUUGUUGGAGUUUACGAGUUUUCGGUUUCUUGAUAUUUUGACUAGUUUGUUGGCGUUUGUUCCUACUGGGUGGGGGUUUUUGUUGAUUGCUCAAGUGUUUAGGCCGAUUUUGGAGAAGAGUUUUAUAUGGGCGACUGUUGUGUCGGUUGCAAGGACUUAUGAUACGAUGUUUGGGGUGGUUGUGUUGAUGCCUUUGAAGUGUCAUUCGAGGGUUUGUUCGGAUGGAUAUAUUUGGGUAGAGUUUGUAGAAGCAGGGGUGAGGUGUUUGUUAUAUAAACAGAGGUUUGUUUGAUGUGGGGGAUGAUAUGAUGGAAGGAGUAUAUAUACAAAAUAUAGAAGUUGAGAUGAUGGUGUACAGGCUUGUUGAUUUUUUCAUUAGCAGCAUGUGAAAAAAGUCUACUUACUUGUGUAGUUAAAAAUUAAAAUGAGAGAUGAUCACUAGACAAUAUUUUUGGUAAAUCUGAUUUGUUUAUUUGUGAAUUUUGUGUAUUUUCUUGUUUAACUAGACGAUAUUUUUUUUUGGACGGAUAGUUGUUUGUCAACAACUAACUGCACAUGAGAGUUGAGACUCAUGUUGAGUAGAUUGGAGGUUAUUCUAUUUCUAUGUGUUUAAUUAAAUAUCUUAAUGACUUUUGCAGCA